AUGCUCAACUCAAAUGUGAACUUGGUGCUUAACACAUUUUCCGAAUCGCUUCCUCUAGUUAAGAAGCUGUGGGAGGAAUUCACCACGCCGCCUCAUAAUGGCACGUUUGUAUACAGCGUGGUUCCUAUCGUUUACUCGAUCGCCAUCCUGGCCGUCAUCACCUGGUUCUUCACCAUAUUCGUCUUGACAAACUACACCAUCAAACCAUCCUUCCUACUACAGCUGCUGACGAUCCUUUCCUCAGUUUACAUGCUAAUAACGGUCGUCAAGUCUAUUGUCGUGUUGCACAACCAGCAGCGACAGGGAUAUUUGCACGGUGAAGCUGUUCUCAAUGCGGUCAACGAUACGCUAUAUUUGAGCAUUAUAGACAUGAUCGUGGUUCUUUCUCUUCUCAUCUUGCAGGUUCAAGUUGUGAUGAGACUCUUCCUGAGACAAAGCGACAAAAGACUGAUAUUCUACGUGGGCACCAGCGCUGCAGUUGUUUCUCAGACCCUCUGGGGCAUCACCAAAUUCCACAACUUCCAUGAGGAAGCCGAGGCUGGCAAGAUUAUUCCCGCUUUGACAUACCUCUUCCGUAUCGCCAUGGGUAUGUGUUACGCUGCGAUUUUCACAGCCUUCUUGCUUAUAAAAAUCAAGCAAAUCAUAGCAAACAGACACAUUUGGCUCAUCUCGCUCCUUACAUUAGUGUUCAUCUACGCCCCGGUGGCGUUUUUCAUUGCUGAUGUCUCCAACACAUGGGUGUAUGCGCUUUCGGAGAUCUUCUCUGUUGUUACCUACGUCAUCUGUGUGGUGAUUCCGUGGGAGUGGUGUAAUAAGUAUAAUGUCAUCCGGAGAAUGAUGGAGAAGGAAGGCGUUCUUGGACGCCGUUUCUACGAAGAUGAGCUCUAUGAGCUCGACAGGUUUGAGUUAUUCGUAGAAGAAGAAGAAGCACCAGAAACUCCUGGAAGACAGUCCUUCCAUGAUGACAUUUCUAGUGAUGAAGAUGACGAUAAUGACGGAGACCGUCCACAAAACCUCCACAGUCAAAGCAGCUCCAGCAACACUUUGGCAAAAGCCACUUCAGGCGAGUUAAGCCUGGGCUUAGAAGAACCCAGCCACUCAAAAUUUUACAAAUUCGUGAACGGCAUGAAUAACGCCAAAACUAUGUUCCUCGACAUUACAGACAAGAUCAUCGCCACAGGUUUGGCUGUGCCACGCUCUGUAAGUGUGAGUAGCAGCUAUGAGAAGGAGAUCAAGAGAAAGAGCAGCAAUGCUGAACUCAAAUGGUAG